CAGGCGGUGCUAGCAGAAUCCCGGGGACGGUUGCUGAGCGGGCCUGGGAUCCCAGUCGCGGCGCCUUCCGCCUGACCGCUCCUAGUCGUCCAUCUGUUGGAUUCCGAACGACCUAACCUGAGCCCGCGCGGGACGGGCGGACCAGACGGAGAGAAUUUCCUGAGCUGGCGUCAGGUGCCACAGGCACUGGGGAACUCACCAGGAAGGGACGGACGGAAUUCAGGGCCAGCAAGAUGGCAGACGAAACCUUAGCUGGGCUGGAUGAGGGAGCCCUGCGGAAGCUGUUGGAGGUCACAGCGGAUCUGGCAGAGCGGCGACGCAUCCGCUCGGCCAUCCGGGAGCUGCAGCGGCAGGAGCUGGAACGCGAGGAGGAGGCCCUGGCAUCCAAGCGCUUCCGCGCCGAGCGGCAGGACAACAAGGAGAACUGGCUGCAGACUCGGCCCUGGCCGCGGAGGUGACCAGUCAUGGUGUCCCCGCAGCUCCCAGCAGCGGGAGGCUGAGCAGCGGGCUGCUCUGGCACGGCUGGCAGGACGGCUGGAGUCAAUGAACGACGUGGAGGAGCUGACCGCACUGCUGCGGGGUGCCGCGGAAUACGAGGAGCGGAAGCUGAUCCGAGCCGCCAUCCGCCGUGUGCGGGCCCAGGAGAUCGAGGCUGCCACCUUGGCUGGAAGGCUGUACAGCGGGCGUCCCAACAGUGGCUCAAGAGAGGACAGCAAGGGGCAGGCAGCACGACGGCUAGAACCGUGUGAGGUGCCAAAGCCAAAGGAACAGAAGCAGCAGGUGGAGGUCCCAGAGCCAACCCCGACCCCCAGCAGCACCAGCCGGGAUGUAACCACGGUGACACUCCUGCUGCGGGCCCCUCCCAGGGACACACCCAGCCCACCUGCCUCAGCCGAUGGUUCGCCCACCACUACCUCUCCUGAGCCUCCGCUGGAGCCUGCCGAGGAGGCCCUGUGCCCUGCCCCUGAGGCUCUGGGCAGUCCCGAGCCUCCCCCAAGCCCACCCAGGGCCACCAGCCCUGAGCCCCAGGAGCCUCCAGCCACCCCCAGCACAGACGGGCAGGUGGUCGACAAGUUCCCGCCCAGCCCCACGGAGCCCCCUGCCGCCCAAGGCCCCACCAAAGGUCGCUCGGACACAAAGAGAGCAGACCUGGCUGACCCUCGCCCCUGCCAACACUCCCUGUCUGUGCUCAGCCCCCGCCAGCCAGCCCAGAACCGAGAGCCCACCCCCCUCGCCAGCGGACCUUCCCCGUUCCAGCGGGCGGGCUCCGUCCGGGACCGCGUGCGCAAGUUCACAUCGGACUCUCCUAUGGCUGCUGGGCUCCAGGAAGGCCCACCCCGCGCGGCCCUCGGCCCCUCGACCCCUGCCAGGCUCCCAGGCCCCUCCCACACCAGCACCACCCCUGCCGCCUCCUCCUCCUCCAGUGGCCCCUCCUCGCGGGGAACAGCCCGGCCCCUGGCCCAGCUUCAGAGCUGCCCUCCGGAGGAGGGCCCCAGGGGGCGGGGCUUGGCCGUCAGGUCCCUUGAAAACAGAGCAGGGGGGCCCGUGGCCCGCUCAGAGGAGCCCAGCGCCCCGCUGCCCGUGGCCGUGGGCGCCGCCGAGCCAGGGGCCAGUAUGAAGACCACAUUCACCAUCGAGAUCAAGGAUGGCCGGGGCCAGGCCUCCACAGGCCGGGUGCUGCUGCCCACGGGCAACCAGAGGGCAGAACUGACGCUGGGGCUGCGGGCGCCCCCCACCCUCCUUAGCACCAGCAGUGGGGGCAAGAGCACCAUCACCCAUAUCAGCAGCCCUGGGAACCUAGCCCGGCUGGGCAGUGUCACGCACGUCACCAGCUUCAGCCCUGCCUCCCUGGGUAGCCGAGGAGGCUGCAGCAUAAAGAUGGAGCCAGAGCCCGCAGAGCCCCCCUCUGCCGCAGUGGAGGUGGCCAAUGGCGCCGAGCAGACCCGAGUGGACAAAGCACCAGGGAGCCGGAGCCCGCUGAGCGCCGAGGAGCUGAUGGCCAUCGAGGAUGAGAGCGUCCUGGACAAGAUGCUGGAUCAGACUACGGACUUUGAGGAGCGGAAGCUCAUCCGGGCUGCACUGCGUGAGCUCCGACAAAGGAAGAGAGACCAGCGGGACAAAGAACGAGAACGGCGGCUACAAGAGGCCCGGGCCCGGCCAUGGGAGGGCCGCGGCAACACGACAACCAAGACCAGCACACGGCACAGCCAACAGACGGCCAACGGCUCAGCCGUCAGCACAGUCACCAAGACCGAGCGGCUCGUCCAAUCCAAUGACGGCACCCGGACGGCCCGCACCACCACAGUGGAGUCGAGUUUUGUGAGGCGCUCAGAGAAUGGCGGUGGCAGCACCAUGAUGCAAACUAAGACCUUCUCCUCUUCAUCAUCCAAGAAGAUGGGCAGUAUCUUCGACCGGGAAGAUGAGGCCAGCCCACGGUCUGGCAGCCUAGCGGCACUGGAAAAACGCCAGGCGGAGAAGAAGAAAGAGCUGAUGAAGGCGCAGAGCCUGCCCAAAACCUCAGCGUCCCAGGCGCGCAAGGCUAUGAUUGAGAAGUUGGAGAAGGAAGGCGCGGCAGGCAGCCCGGGCGGACCCCGCAUGGCUGUGCAGCGCUCCACCAGCUUUGGGGUCCCCAACGCCAACAGCAUCAAGCAGAUGUUGCUAGACUGGUGCCGAGCCAAGACACGUGGCUACGAGCAUGUGGACAUCCAGAACUUCUCCUCGAGUUGGAGUGACGGGAUGGCCUUCUGUGCCCUGGUGCACAACUUCUUCCCCGAGGCCUUCGACUACGGGCAGCUCAGCCCACAGAACCGGCGUCAGAACUUCGAGGUGGCCUUCUCGUCUGCCGAGAUGCUGGUGGACUGCGUACCCCUGGUGGAGGUGGAGGACAUGAUGAUCAUGGGCAAGAAGCCCGACCCCAAGUGCGUUUUCACCUACGUGCAAUCGCUCUACAACCACCUGCGGCGCCACGAGCUGCGCCUGCGCGGCAAGAAUGUCUAGCUUCCCCUCCGCCGCCCGCACGGCCGCCCGCGGCAAGCAGCGCCCACCAUCCAGGCACCGUCCCCUCCCUGUGCGCCUGCCCACCGCUGCCCUGUCUGUCGCGGCACCUUCCCACGCAAACACGCAGCGUUUUGAUAAAUUAUUGGUUUUCAACGA